CAUGACCUUGCCUCAAUUGUGACAACUGGCCGGAAAGACCUUUUAUCUAAACCUGUGUCCUAGUAGACCCAAGUUUACCUUCAAUUUAUUGAUUAGUCACGGCAAAUAUAAGCCACAGAAGUAAUUAAAAUGAUUACAAAGAAGUAACUGAUGUGGAACAGCAAUGACUUAAACUACAGUAAUAGUGAUUUAAACAUUUGUCCUCAUUACAAUUGUUUGGCUCUGGACUAUAUCAAUGUCUACAAUGAUAAAUGUAGAUUAGCUUUUUUUUAGUUAAUUAUUUACUCUUUAUUUAUCUGAACUGAUCAAUUUCAAAACUUGUACAUUUCGCACAACGAUCACAAUGAGUUACGAAAUAGAUGAGAUAAGAGUCAUAGAACUCAGUAUGAUGGACAAAAGAAAGUAUUUUCCACUCACAAUGUUGAGUGGAUUUUGUAUUCGUGGCUUGCUGUAUCCCGUAACUUUAAUCAAAACCAGACUUCAGAUCCAAAAGAGUCAAACAAUCUAUAAAGGCACCAUGGAUGCAUUUUAUAAAAUUUCCAAACACGAGGGUGUUAUUGGAUUAUAUCGAGGAUUUUGGGUCAGCUGUUUGCAGUUAUUUCCUUCAGUGGCUUAUAUUGGAACAUACGAGACUAUUCGACAUCAUUUAAAGGAACACACUACAGUUAAAGACAGUAAAUCACGUUCUUUCAUAGCUGGUGGAUGCGCGUCUGUGAUUGGUCAAACUAUGUCUGUACCUCUAGAUAUUAUUACGCAACAUAUUAUGUUACUUGGUCAAGAAAGUUCGGCACGAAGUAAAACUGAAGUACCAUUAAUCAAAGCUAUCGACAAUAAAACCAGUAAUAAAAGAUUUGGUACUGUUUCUGCUGUUAUACGAGAAGUUUAUAAUAAGAAUGGUUUAAAAGGAUUUUAUAAAGGUUAUUUUGUAUCAUUAACUGUGUUUGCUCCAAACAGUGCAUUAUGGUGGUUUUUCUAUGAUACAUAUUCAAAUUUAUUUAUGGAUGUGGUACCAUCAAAUUUACCUCGUCUACUUAUACAAUGUGUGGCAGCUCCAUUAGCGGGUAUAUCUGCAGCAGUUAUUACAAAUCCUUUAGAUCUUAUUAGAGCUCGUAUACAGGUGUACCAAACCAAUUUACCACAAACAGUACAGCUCUUAUGGAAAGAAGAAAGAUACAGGAUUCUUGUCAAAGGACUUUCUGCACGUCUUCUUCAAUCAGUCUUAUUUUCAUUCUUUAUUAUCUUAGGCUAUGAGACAAUCAAACGUUUUAGUGUGUUAGAUAAACAUAAAAAUCAAAUACGAUGGUAAUUAUAAGGCAGUUAAUUAGUUUGUUUAGGAGAUUCAAGUGAUCUGUGGUACCAGUAAAUACAUACCCUAUUUGAUUUAAUCAUAAUCUUUAAGUGGCAUUUAGCAAUUUGGAAACACAUCAAAACAUAAAAAUUGUGUUAUGUUAAUUGAUUUAAUCAGUGCAUGUUUUACCCCAGUGAAUGUAUUUUAUUUCAUUAUCUCCCUUGAACUGUGCAGACCAAUCUGAUUAAAACACAGAUCUUAUUUCGUUUCGUUUUUUUAUAGAUCAAAAUUUUGUUUUACUUGCCUUUACUACACUAGAUUCUGAAGAAGUUGUUAUAUAACCUGCGUUAUGGUUGAUGUGAGAGAUUAGCCAAUGAAAAGGUCUGUUGCAGCGAGUUCUUGGUGUGCAAUACACAGAACUGUGGGUAUCCCACUAGAAACAUCAAUGCUAAUUGGUUAAUCAAAUGUCAGAUCUUCAUGUAGUAGAGGCCAUUGUAAGUAUAAAAAACGUAACGAAAUAUGGAUCUGUAUUUUAAUCAGACUAUAUGCAGAGAAGAAACCCCAACAAAAUUAUAAAUUUUUGAUGUCAACCAACUGAAUUCUACAUGUAGCAUUUAUGGUACAUUUUUAUAUGUUAUGGUAUGUAUGGAUAUGUAUAUGAGGAUAUUAAAUGAUUUUAAAUGUUUUAAUUUUUUACAAGAUGAUUAUUUAUUUAUUUUCAUUAGUUGAUAUAUUCUUUAUUAAAUGUAUAUAAUCAUAAUUUUAAUAUAUAGCUCAUUAAACUAUCAAGAUUAUAAAUAUGAUUUGCAUAAAAAUUUAAUUAAAUAUUUUAAUAGUUGUAUAUAGAAUGAGAGAAAUAAUUCUUUGUGAUGUCCAGAGAAAAUAGUGAUGGGUCAACAGGAUGCGGUAUACUUUGUGAACUGGUUGAAAUAUCGCAGACAAGACAUAGGAGAGCCGAAGCUGAUUCCUGUUUUUUAGAAUAUGAUUUUGCAAUCUUUCCAUUUGGCAUUAGGCCAUGGACUUUGUUUAUUGGGAAGGUCUUCCCUUUAUUUAAUAUAAAACAUAUCGUUUGGUAGAUGAUUUCGUCUGCUUCUGGAUUGGUAGAUGUCAUUGUUUGGGGUUAGUGUUUAGGUGCCAGGCCCGUCUUAUCGUGGCCUCCCCUUACUCCACUAUCCCACUCUUUGGGCUUGGUAUCAGUUUUAUUUGCAGAAUAGUGUUUAGGUGCCGAGUUCGUCUGGUCGUAACUCCCCCUUACUCCACUAUCCUGCUAGUUUGGUAGAUGUCAUCUUUGAGGGGUUUGUGUUUAGGUGCCAGGCCCGUCUUAUCGUGACCUCCCUUUACUCCACUAUCCCUCUCUGUAGGUUUGGUGUCUGUUUUGGCGGAAUAGUGUUUAGAUGCCGAGUCCGUCUGGUCGUGACUCCCCCUUACUCCACUAUCCUGCCAGUGUGGUAUAAAUCGCCUUUGUAGUUUAGUGUUUAGAUGCCGGGCCCGUCUAACCGUGACCCCGUCUUACUUCACUAUUCUACUUAGUCCAACUGUCCAUUAGGGCGUGGAUUUGUUCGAAGAUUUGCAGUUUCAAAUCUGGUCUCGGGAAGAGUAGAUUCUUAGUGUUGAAUGGUAUGUUGUUAGUCUCCAUUGUUUUCACUAGUUCCCUUCUCUCCUCCUUGUAUACCUCGCAGUCUACCAGGACAUGGUUGGUGGUACAUUCUUCUCUGCACUCACAGAUGAUGACUUGGUGUUUGUAGUCUCGCAGCCGCUCUUUCACCCUUAGCUUCGAUAUAAGUCUACAUAUAUCUCUUCUAGGGUGAUUGAGUGUUGUCUUUGUAUAGAUCUUGUCAUCCAGCCGGAAUCUGUAUGUGUCAAGUUCAACGAGAUUUAAUUCCCAGAUUGAAUUGACCUGUCUUUUGACCAUACUGUAGAUUUCCGUGGUGCUGUAGUCUAUGGUGCGGAUUGGUGCUGUGUCCUUGAGACCUUCAUUGGCUAGUCGAUCUGCCUCCUCAACUGGUUGAUUGAGACAACAUUUCUUAUAAUACAUGUAAGUCCUUGUGCAAACAGUGAUCAAUAGACAGUAGGCUACUUUUUCCAGACCAGUAUUCUUUGUACUUGUAGUCUCAGCAGUGAAACUUGGCCAGAGAUAUUCAGUAAACUGCUUACUUCUAAAAUAAAAUACUAUGCAAAUUUGACCUUAUAAUAUGAUGUCAUUUGUUUGUCAAAAUAUCGCUGCUUGAAUAUUUAUGUCGUAUCAUGGUUUUCUGUUUACAGUUUAUUUAAUGGUUGUAAUUCCAUACAAAUAUUUCAAUACAUCUGUUCAAAAUUGUGGGUUCUUCCAAUAAACUAUAGAUUAAAAUCUACAUGGGGCAUUGUUUAUUUGGUUGUGGUUCUUUAAAACUACUGAAAAUAACCGAAAAAGAUGUCAAGAUUUUGUAAUGUGAUUCUCCUAAAAUUUCGAAUGUAUUAUACCAGAUGUUAUAAUAUGUGUAUACAAUUUUCGUAUAUAUUUUAGGAAUCUGUUAUUGAGAAUUAUACAUCGAUUAUUGUUAUUUAUUUUGGAAUCUGUUAUUGUGAGUAAAGUUAUACAUCGAUUACUAUUAUCUGACUGUGUAAAGACUCUGUUAUUGUAAGAAACUAGUCUAAAAUAAUUUGAUAUAUUAUUAUAUAUAAACGCAUGGAACACUCUUAUGGACAGCUACCAGAAUUUAUUAUCUUCAGAAAUGAUGUCACUAUUUCAAGUAGUUAAAACCGGAUCACAGCCUAAUCUAAAGUUAAUAAAUGCAAAUUAACACAAUUUAAACCUAUGUCUAAAGUUUGUAUUCAUCGAUUCAAAAACAUGAUACAAAUGGUUGUGUAUGUGUGUAAAUGGUGUGCGUUUUUAAAUAUUUUGUUUUAAUGGUGUUUGGAUCCUACAAGUAUCAUUUUUAUCUGACUUUUUGGUAUGAUAUUCAUAUGUGGUUAAUCCAUUUAUAUAUAGGUUGGAAAAAUUGGUCUCCUGAUAUUUAAAUUCAGUCAAAAUAAUACUAUGCUUGUAAUAGAGGUCUUAAAUAAAGGUGUUGAAUAAUUCAAUAUCCAGGGUAUACAAAUAUAUAUCUAUAUUAAUCAUAUUUUUACAAUGAAUAGUAAUCAUUGAUGAUAUAAGUGAAUUAAAAAGUUGUUAUAUGAAGAGAUUCAACUUCACUAGCUUAGUGCUUAGUUACCAUUGUUUACCUGCAUUCUUAAAACUCAGGAAUAAAAAGAUCAAAGAGCUUUAUAUAGGUAUUGUACUCCUUUAUUGUCCUCUGCCUUUCGAAGAAAGCAGGGGACUAUUAAAAUGGGUUCGUCUGUCUGUCCGUCCUUAGGUAUUUAUUAGAGUAAGCAGAGAUAAGCAAUUUGUUUGGUUGAUGCUUUGGGACACGAUAACUUUAGUUCUAAUUAAGUGAGAGUGAUGAAAUUUGUUGGUGUAUAGUUUUAUUACAUCAAUACCUUGAAUAAGUUCGAUAAUGAGUAUUUUUUGCUCAGGGUAAGCAGAGCGAUAAGUAAUUUGUUUGGUCGAGACUUUGAAACACAAUAACUCUCUUUCUAACUGAGGUAGAAUGUUCAAACUUGGUCAUUCAUUAGGUGAAUGCCUUGAUGGAGUUUGAUGAUAAACAUUGUCUGCUUACUGUAAGCAGAGAUAAGCAAUCUGAUUGGUUGAUGCUUUGGGGCAGGGCAACUUUGGUUAUUAUUAAGGGACAGUGAUGAAACUCUGAGUAUAGAUUCAUUAUAUCAUUACCUUGACUAAGUUCGAUGAUGAGAAUUUUCUGCUUAGGCUUAGGAGCGAUAAGCAAUUUGAUUGGUCAAGAAAUUGGAAUGUAACAACUCUGCUUUUAAUUGAGGUAGAAUGUGUAAACUUGAUGUAGAGGUUCAUUAGGUGAAUGUGAAUGUCUUGACUGAGUUCAAUGAUUAACAUUUCGGGCUAAAGCUAAGCUGAGCUAAGCAGUUUCAUUGGUUGAUGCUUUGGGACAAGAUAACUUGGAUUCUAUCUGAUAGAGAGUGAUGAAACUUAGUGUAUAGUUGAUAAUCAGUUUGAUUGCUUGAUACUUUUGAGAUAAAUAAAUGUGCGAUUAAUUAAUAUGUGUCAUCUUUUUUGGGAUUUCGGUGGGGGACACCAGCCUCACUGUUGGCUUGUUGUAAUAUGUAAUGUUGGCUUUAAUACAAAUAAAUAUAUAUUUGUAAUUUUUGUAUGCAGACCAAGGCUCUCGUCUCCAUCAGAUUUGCCAGUCAAACUUACUGGCAGGGAAAUUGAUCAAAUACAUUUAAAUGUAUAGUUUUUAUCUGCAUGCCCUUCUUUUAUUUCCAGUGUCUUUAGCCAAUCUAAUUAAAACAAGAUGUUAUUACU